ACGGCGGACAGUGGUAGGGAGCUCGUGGCUUUUGGGCAACUGCAACAGCAACCAAUUGAAGUAGUAAGCAGACCGUGGCUGGCAGCACUGCGUGGUACCCUUUCUCUGCCCUUGGCUUUUGCCAAUCCCACGUUUUGGGGUUCAGGAUGCCUGAGGGCCCGGAGCUCUUUCAGGCCUCCAGAUACAUCAACACAGAAUGUGCAGGAAUUACCUUUACAGGGAAGGUGGAAAAAUCCGAAGUCAGCAAGAAUCCGGAGGUGCCCUUUGAGAGCGAUGCGUACCGGAUCUCGGCUGUCUCCCGGGGCAAAGAACUGAAGCUGACUCUGACCCCUCUCCAACGGGAGGACUCGAAAGGGCGACCUAUGGACCUGGUGUUCCGUUUUGGCAUGACUGGGAAUUUCAAACUGGUCCCGGUUUCCGACAUGCCCAAACAUGCCCACCUGCGUUUUUACACCCAAGAGAAGCCAGCCCGGGUUCUCUGCUACGUGGACAUCCGGCGUUUUGGCAAGUGGGAGGUGGACGGCACCUGGCAAGCAGACCGAGGGCCUUGCGUGAUGUUGGAGUAUGAACAGUUUCGGGACAAUGUCCUGAGGAAUCUCUCCGACAAGGCCUUCGAUAAGCCCAUCUGCGAGGCUCUGCUCAACCAAAAGUUUUUCAAUGGCAUUGGCAACUACCUCCGGGCUGAGAUUCUUCACCGAUCAAAAAUCCCUCCCUUUGAGAAGGCACGGACCGUUCUGGAAGAACUCCAGCGGGGGCUUCAGGUUUCUGGUGCAACCUUGAGCAAGAAAGUAAAAUUGAAACGAGAGAAUCCCGACUUCCUGGAGGCCUGUCACCUGGUGCCCAUGGAGGCUGUGAAUCUAGGAGGUGGCAAGGCGUAUGACCCCACCAACCGAGAGGAUGCUGCAAUCUUUGUAGAGUGGCUGCACUGUUACUCUGUUCCCGGGAUGAAAUCCCUGCGUGAUGCUAACGGCAGGACCAUCUGGUUCCAGGGAGACCCAGGACCUCUGGCUCCAAAAGGGGGGAAAUCUCAGAAAAAGAAGAUACAACCAAAGUCUAAACCAGCCGUGCAGAGUUCAAAGGCUGUCAAGCCAAGGAGCGACUCAACCAGCAGUCCUGCUGAGAAAGAAGCUAAGGGAAGAAGGAAACUUAAGCCAGAGUAUGGAGUUACACAAAAAAAGGAGGAGGAGGGUAUGGUCAAGAGAGCCAGAGGACCGAAGACCAGAUCUCAGAAAUCAUCUUCUGAUUUGCAAGAGUCUUCGCUGCUAAGUUCUCCACCUCCGGCACGGAAGAGGCGAACACCUGCUCAGAAAAACCAAACUAAGGCGUCAGCCAUCUCGAGAUCCAAACGGGUGAAGGCUUCCUAACCCUUCUCAACACAGAAAUAUCUUUGCAAAAGCUUCAGGUAAUUCUUCAUGCUCUAGCGGAGGAGAUAAAUGCAGCUUUGGGAUCCAAGAUUAGCGACUGAAGAACGCUCGUGAGUUUCAGGCAGGAACGUCCUGCUCCAACGGAGGAGAUAAAAGUGCAGCUUUGGGAUCCAAGAUUACCAACUUCACGCUCCAGCAGAGGGAGAUAAAUGCAGAGAUUCUGAUCCAAGAUGAACAGCUGAGAACAACGUGAAACGAUGUUUUCCUGCUUCCUCAAUUACCAAUGUUUAAACUUAGCGUUGCACAGAUUUCUUGGACGUUACUUACGCUGCUUUU